GUUUACAACCUCACAAUCAUUACCAGACGCUGCCUUCUAGGUGUAUGACUAACGAUGACAGGAUAUACUGAACGUUUUUUUCGGACGUUUUAGCGAGAUUUGAAAACAAGGCUAGGCGAUAUUUUUCUCCAUUUCCCCCCUUGAAGACGUAUCCGUUUGGAUUCGCCUUUGGACUCGACUUACCGCAAUAAGGUGGGCUUGCCCUGAGUUUGAAUUGACACACGAGACUCAUCCCGAAAGUAAUUUCGUGGGGCUUGAAGGCUAUAUAGCCCCGACGGCUUCCAAUUUAGUCUUCAUUUGAAAAGAAAGGAUGUAUCGAAACUUUGGGAGUCAAGGACGAGGCAACCCGGCGUAUACAGGCAGCGGCUCUGGCUCUGGGUCGAACACUGGGUCCAGCACCUCAUCUACACAACAGGAACAGAAGUUUACCAUGGCAGGCAGCAGCCAGUUUGUACCAAGCCUCAAUGCCAUCACCUCCAGCCAGGACCUCCAGUGGCUGGUCCAGCCCUCCCUCAUGCAUCCGCCGGGCCCUUCACGAUCACCGGUGCCUCCUUACCCAACCCUCUCAGGGGCGCGGCCGCUCGGUCCACCACCUUCCCAGUCCCAUUUUCUCAGACCGGGGGUCAUAAGAGCAGCUGCAAACACUACAGGGUCGACAAGGCGCAGGACCGAUGAACAUUUAUCCCAGGAGGAGAUAGAAAGACGCAGAAUAAGAAGGGAGAGGAACAAACUGGCAGCAGCCAAAUGUCGCAAUCGCCGACGGGAGCUGACGGACACGCUGCAAACUGAGACCGACCAGCUGGAAGAUGAAAAGUCCCGUUUACAGAAAGAAAUAGCUGAAUUACAAAAGGAGAAAGAGAAGCUCGAGCUGGUCCUGGAAGCUCACCGUCCCAUCUGUAAAAUAGAGGACUCUGAUUCGGAUUCUGACCCAAAUCCAUCAAUUUCCUCUUUGGGAGGCAUCAAGAUGGAGCCGGAGGACUCAAGCAGACCUGGACCGUCGACCAAACGUCUGACAAAGAUGGAGAAACCCAAACCAAAGAUAACUAUCCCCACCAAACCCUCGAUGUCGUCCAUCUCCACUGUUACCACUGAAUCUGAGUCGCUCCACACCCCUGUCCUCAUAUCUACUCCCUCACUAAUGCCGUUCACAGCCAGCACAGUCUUCACCUAUCCCUCUGCCUCUUUAGAUGCCAGCGCCUCCACCUCGUCCCACGCUGCAUCGCACCAAGGAAACGUCCAACAGUCUCAAGCCCCGCAGCCCUGUGGCAUAGCUCAUCGCCGCAGCAGCAGCAGCGGCGACCAGUCAGAUCACUCCCUGCACUCCCCGACCAUCCUCACACUGUGACCGACAGCCCCCAUGAUCCUGGCAAAACACUAAAUGUUGGUUUCGACGCAGUCAUUGUGUGCAUGUGACUAAACGGAUCUCUGGGAAACCUGACGGAAAUGAAAACGACCAUUUCAAAAUGAACUAUGUGCAUCUGCUUCAUUUCAUCUCUUUAGAAAGUUGAUUUUGUACUUAGAUGACAUGCAAAUUAGUGGCAUUAUCAGGAUAUGAAUGUUACACUCUUUUUUUAGAUUUGAUAUAAAUAUGCAGACUUUAUAUUUCUAAUUAUAAAAGCUAUGAUGUGGAAUGAGUAUGUGUGAGUUUACAUGCAUGCAUAAAGUUUCUAUUUUAGAAAUUACUGUGAUAACACCAUCUAAUGAUAAAUAAUAGUAACAAUUCGUAUAUAUAAUAAUUAUUCAUUCAUAUAAUGUUGCGUUUAAUGACUUCUUACAUUGUUUCAUCAUGUUAUGUAAUACUUUAUAACAUCCUCACCAAGGGAAAUAGAGUAGUUAAAAAUAAAUGGUCCUUAUUUUUGUAUGAAUCUUUUCAGAAUUCUAAUAUAGAUAGUCUAUGCAAAUUAUUGACCACUAAGGCUGGGCCAUAGGAGUUAAUACAGAUUACAUAAGCAGGUAUUUAUUUUUGAGAGUGUAAUAUAUUUUUUGGUAAUGUUUUUAUCUUCUCUGGCAAUUGAACUGUUUUGGUGGGCAGUGCCUUACUUCUACCUUUUGUCAAAGCUGUACUACCAGAUAAUAAAGAACAAACGUUCA